UUUAUAUAAAAGUAGAUGAAGUAAUAUUGAAUAUGUAGUCUGCAAGUAAUUGGGAUUAUAUUUAUUAAUAAUUUCAGAAUGCUGGAGAUUGACACGAUAUCUUGCACUGUAUGUGUGAAAAAGGAUAGAUCAGGUCAAAGGGAGAAAUAUGAUUGAUUAAGUUUUAUAAAUUUUUAAUCUUCGAAUAUGGGAGGAGCAUGCUCUGGAAAAAAACCAUAGCCAAAAUAGAAAUAGCAAUAAUAGGAAUUGAAUAUAGUUGAAUAACCAUAUUUGCAAGUGCAAUCGAUGAGUUAACCAUAAUCCAGGCCGCCAGAACAAAGGAGUGAAACUGGGUAAUCUGUUAAGGAAUUGCUUUAUUAAUAUAAAAAAUUUACAGAUUUCUUAGGAUUAGUGGGUAAUUUGGAUCAUUUGCCAGCCCACACCAGGGAAUAAUUGAAUAAUUGUAUUAUUUAGAGAUCCAAUAUAAAUAUACUUAUAUAGAAUAGUAUUAAAAGAAUAAUGAGGGAGUAGAAGAUAAUAAAGAGAGUGGAAGAAAGUGAUUAUUAUUUAAUUCAUAAUGACGAGAAAUUUGCCAUAACAUUUGUGUAAUUAAUGUAAAGAAUAUCAAAUAUAAUAUUGACUGAACUCCAAUCGGAUUCAAAUUUUUAGGAAGCUUUUCCGAUGUUGAUUGUUUCAUUUGUUGAUUUGGCAACAUAGAUUACUAAGGAGAUAGAGAAUUUUUUAAAUUUCAAAACUCAUCUGAUCAAAAAAUAGAAUACCAAAAAUCAAAUUUCUUAAGAUAAUUAUUAAGCAUCAACUAAUAAAUGAUUUCUUUGUAGUAGUGAUUAUAUCUAUAAAUUUAAUAUUUAGAGAUUAAUGC